UCUUUUCUUACAUAAACAAACAAACAAAACCCAUCUUGCUUACCCUCCCCACCACCUAGAAUUUCACUAUAUACUACAAUUACAUACAAACACUAGUAAGCCUAUAAAUCUUGUAUGUCUAUUUCUAAAGAUUAUGACCAUCUUUUUCUGCUAAAUUAAUACUAGUACGUGUUGUGUGUAUAUAAACACGCACUAAUGCUCCAGUGUGUGUUGUUUUUGGACUUGUAGAGGUUCAGACAUCCUAAACAUUAUUCCUUUGUAGUACCCUCUUGUUUCUUUUUGGAAAAACUCCAAAAAAUUCCAUCUUUUCUUGUCUGCUUUAUUCUUAGCUUUUCUUGAAUCCAGCUCUUUAUUAACAUAAGCCCAAAAAGCCUUUUAGUUUGUUUCCUCUUGCAACUGUUUUUUUACCUGCACAGCACAAAUUGGCAAGUCUUGUGUUUAUUUUUAAGGUUGGUGCUGGGAUUUGAAGAAGGUGUUGCAUUCUUGGGCUUGAUCUGUGAAAAUGUGUUCAGAACAGAGUGAUUCAAUUGCUAAAAAGGUUCUCAAGAGUCUGUGUUGUGAGAAUGGAUGGUCUUAUGGUGUGUUUUGGAGUUUUGACCACAAAAAUUCUUUAUUGUUGACUAUUCAAGAAACAUACUUUGGUGAGCAAAUGGGAGCUGUAAUAGAUGAUAUGUGUCUACAAGUACAGAUGCUCGGUGGAGGAAUAAUUGGUCAAGUGGCUUUCUCUAAGAAACAUCUGUGGAUGUUCUCUCACGCUAAAUCAGUCGGCAAAUGCGAUUUCUUUCAGGAUGAUUCCGAAUUUCAAUACCAAUUUGCAUCUGGAAUUAAGACAAUUGCAGUGAUUCCUGUUGAACCUCAAGGGGUCUUACAAUUUGGAUCUACACAAGAGAUUCCAGAAAAUGAGGAGUUUGUGAAUCAAACAAAGAGGAUAUUCAGAGAGAUGGCAAGCUGUCACGGCCUUAAUAUAUCAGAAUUUAUUCCCACAUCUUUAAAUUACGAAAGUUAUGGUUCGAGUGGAGUGUUUCCUUCCCUGGCACCAUCAGGAAGUACCAAUGUAGAGAAUAACAAAUUCCAUGAGAGUGAUGGAUUUCAAGGUUUAAUGGCAUCAACAUGCUUUCCAGUUGAUUCCUUCAUCACAAAGAUGGAGAAUUUUGGUGACCAUUGGCGGAACGGUGGUGCAGAAUCUCAGGUCCACCAGACAAUUUGUGGUGGCGCAUGGAGUGGUGGACUAUCAACUCUGACUUCACUCAAGCAUCAGGAUUCUGCAUUGAGGUCCCAGCCUUCCCAGAACGUGUUUAAUGUUAAGCCAGAGACAGCUGUAACUUGUGGAAAUACUGUACAGAAUUUUCAGAGCUCAGCGUUUGCUUCUUUAAACAAUUCAGAAUGCAGCUCUGGAAGUUUAAUAAAGCUGCAGCAUUCAACCCCGCCCCUUUAUGAAAUUGAUAGUGAGCUUCUAGGGAAAAAUAUCCUACCCACUCUGAAUGAAUUUUUCGAGUCACCUGAUUACAAUACCAAUCAUGUAAAAGCAUGUUCAAUGGAUAGCUUUUACCAGUGGUUUGAUUCUUCAUUAGACCAGAAGAAUAAGACAGACUUUACUACAAUGGACGAUGAUUUGUUGUCUGAGGCUAUGAGAUUUGUUUCUCAACCAAGUCAUGUGAGCAGUGCUACGAAUGCAAUCAGUCAUACAGCUAGUUCUGUACACAGUUCUAUCACAAACACAUCUACUUCUACUGGGAAAGAGAAGUGCCCAGAUGUAUUCAAAGUUGAGCAUGAUCUUUUUGAUAGUGUUGAAGCAGAUCUAGGGUAUGGACAGGCAGGAAACACUAAUGACAUCUUAAUGCCUGCAAUAGAUGGUGGGCAGAUGGACUUCAAAAAUGCUUUGCAAAGCACCUCACAGCAACAUGUUGGUUCCACAUUAGUUCAGCGGAAAGGCCUUUUCUCUAAAUUAGGGAUUGAACAAAUUGUUGAAGGUAUUUCUUCCGGUACUUCAAGCAGUUUUGCCAAACCUCUUUCAGAGGAUCAGCUAUCUUCCACAGCCAAAAGAAAAAGAACUGGAAUCUCCUUGGGGACAAGCGAUCAAGUAAACUUAGCAGGUUCUCUAUUUCAGCAGAAAGAGGACAUCACAACACAGGGCUCCUGCUCAUGGGUAAGCGAUAGCUAUAGAACGCUCGUCGGACACACUGAUUUACAGGAGAAGAAACAUGUCUCUACUGCAAAAACCGUGAAGAAAAAGGCAAAACCUGGAGCUCGACCAAGGCCCAAAGACCGUCAGCUGAUCCAAGACCGACUCUUAGAGUUGAGAGAACUAACUCCUAAUGGAGAGAAGAUGAGCAUUGACUGUUUGUUGGAUCGAACCAUCAAGUACAUGCUUUUUUUGCAAAGUGUGACAAAGCACGCAGACACACUUAAGGAAGCUGCUAAAUUUAAGGAUAAUGAAAUAUUUAAUAAAGACAACUUCAGUAGGAGAGGGGGCGGUGUUACAUGGGCAUGUGAAUAUGGAGAUCAGUCAACGAUGUGUCCGCUGUUAGUUGAGGACCUUUCCACUCCUGGACAUAUGCUUAUAGAGAUGCUAUGUGAAGAUCAGGGUUUCUUUCUGGAGAUAGUGGAUAUAAUUCGAGGUCUUGGAUUGACUAUCCUGAAGGGCCUGAUGGAAGUUCAAGAAAACAAAAUAUGGGCACGUUUUAUUGUUGAGCCUGAGGGAAAUGGAAACAGACGCGUAUCAAGGCAUGAGAUAUUUUCUACCCUCAUUCAGCUUCUACAACUGACAGCUCCAAGUGGUGUCAAAGCUAACAAGCAAGUUGGUAACAUUAUUGAUGGAGGGACUAAUCUAUUCAACAAUUACCCACACUGUGGGGUGUCAGUCCCGCUUAGGUAAGACACUGCAAGGCCAAACCGUAUAGCAUGGAUCAAAAAAAAUUCAUGAGGAUUUUACAAUAAGUUGACUGCUAUGGUUGGUGCUGAAUUUUGAGACCUAGGAGCUAAAAGUAACAGAAUGGAGCAACUCCCCUACGCAUACAGACUGAACACACAUCUGGAAGAAUACAGAUUCUGAAGGAUGUCAUUUCCUUAGUAUGUACAUUAAAUACUCGAAAGAUUGGGAAUGUCUGUCAAAAGCAGAAACACAGGGAGACAAAAGUUCCAAUCUCAAGAGGGGGAGAAGACGGGGAAUUUUAUUUUGCGGAAUUGACAUGAGGGUAGAUAUAUUAGUUUAGGUUGUUUUUUCCAUUUGAACUGAUUUCCCAUAUUUUCUCUGUUUGUAACAUGUUCAUAACUGCAUGCUGACAAAAACCAGUCAGUUACAAGACUAACUGAUGAGUGUUGAUUUGAUUCUUUUGAUAUUAUUAUGUAUUCUAAUCCAUGGAGCUCUUUUCCUAAA